AUGUCCGAGGAGACGACCCGCAAGCGAUCGCGCUUCGACCAGACCGAGCCAGAGCCAGCACGCAAGUCUCGCUUCGAUCGACGUUCGCGCUCACCCGCCGCCGAUGACAAGAAGGACUCCGAGACGCGUGAACGCAGUCCCAUCAAGAGUACAGAAGACAGUCCCGCGAAUGGCGACAAGUCCGCUGCAGCACAGGAUGCAGCCGCAAAGGCAGCAGAAGCGGCAGCGCGCAUCAACGCUUCGCUCCAAAAGUCGAAAGACACUGUCGUCACCCGCUCGCGCGAGGAAAUGGACCGCCACUUUAGCCCCUCCACCCAACCCGGCGCUGCCAAAUCUCCCUCCGAAACUCCAGCCUCGGGCGGCACGCUGAACGCAGAAAUCUACCAACAGGACGGCGACUUCAUCAAGGACAUCGAGGUCAACGACCUGCGCAACCGCUACACCCUGACCAAGGGCAGCACCCAGAAGAUGAUCAAAGAAGAGACUGGCGCCGAUGUCACUACCCGCGGAAACUACUAUCCGGACAAGAGCUUGGCGACCGCUGCCAACCCACCACUCUACCUCCACGUCACCAGCACCACCAAGGAUGGCCUCGAGAAAGCCGUGCAGAAGAUCAACGAGCUCAUGCAGCAGGAGUUACCGAACCUCAUCGACGAACGCCGAUUCCGCCGCCGCGAAGACCGCCCCGAACCCGAACGCGAUGCCCUUGGUCGUCGAAAGUGGCCAGAGAAGCGCAUACCAAUCGAUCUCGAACCCAUUCCCGGCUUCAACCUGCGCGCCCAAGUAGUCGGUCAUGGCGGCAGUUACGUGAAGCACAUUCAGCAAGAGACGAGGUGUCGAGUCCAGAUCAAGGGUCGUGGAAGUGGCUUCAUGGAGCACGACACUGGUCGAGAAAGUGAUGAGCAGAUGUAUUUGCAUGUCGCCGGGCCCGAGCAACAGAUGGUAGACGAGGCAGAAUCGCAGUGUAUGUCGCUCCUGGAUGCAGUCAAAGAGGCAUACGACGCAUUCAAAGAGCGAGGUCCUCCAAACCGGGGCGGCGGCGGCGGUGGAUAUGGUGGUCACGGCGGCGGCCAAGGCUACGGUGGGGACGAUGAUCGUCGUGGAGGCGGAGGCGGAGGAUAUCGUGGAGGCGACAGACAGAACUCCGGCUCUUACGGUGGUGGCAGUGCUUACGGCAAUGGAGGUGGCAGCAGCUAUGGCGGAUACGGAGCAGGAUACGGCGCCCAGCAGCCAGCAGCUGUCGCAGGCUACGGUGGCGCUCAAUCCCCGACCCAAACUGUCGCAGCAGAGCCAGCAGCUACAGAUCCGGCUGAACAACAGAGACAGUAUGAGGCAUGGGCGGCCUACUACGCUGCAAAUCCAUCUGCAGACCCCUACGCCGCGUACGGAGGCUAUGCCGCAGUCAUGGCCCACUACAUGCAGGGUGCAUCGCCGGGCAUGUGA